UUUAAAUUCUGUGAAUGUAACAGUCAAUAGACCCGACUAGCAGCGUGAAUGUAACAGUCAAUAGACCCGACUAGCAGCGUGAAUGUAACAGUCAAUAGUCCAGACUAGCAGCGUGAAUGUGACAGUCAAUAGACCAGACUAGCAGCGUGAACGGGACAGUCAAUAGACCAGACUAGCAGCGUGAAUGUAACAGUCAAUAGACCCGACUAGCAGCGUGAAUGUAACAGUCAAUAGACCCGACUAGCAGCGUGAAUGUAACAGUCAAUAGUCCAGACUAGCAGCGUGAAUGUGACAGUCAAUAGACCAGACUAGCAGCGUGAACGGGACAGUCAAUAGACCAGACUAGCAGCGUGAAUGUAACAGUCAAUAGUCCAGACUAGCAGCGUGAAUGUAACAGUCAAUAGUCCAGACUAGCAGCGUGAAUGUGACAGUCAAUAGACCAGACUAGCAGCGUGAACGGGACAGUCAAUAGACCAGACUAGCAGCGUGAACGUAACAGUCAAUAGACCAGACUAGCAGCGUGAAUGUAACAGUCAAUAGACCAGACUAGAAGCGUGAACGGGACAGUCAAUAGACCAGACUAGAAGCGUGAAUGUAACAGUCAAUAGUCCAGACUAGAAGCGUGAACGGGACAGUCAAUAGACCAGACUAGAAGCGUGAAUGUAACAGUCAAUAGUCCAGACUAGCAGCGUGAACGGGAAGGGGAUGGGAGAAGCCGUUGUUCACAGGGAGGAAAACGCAAACAAAAACAACCCGUCCGCAGACGUGAGAGAAGGAAUAGAACCACCAGUAGAAAACAGGCUGAGACGAGACACGGUGAGAGAGGAGACACAGAGAGGAGACACAGAGAGGAGACACAGAGAGGAGACACAGAGAGGAGACACAGAGAGGAGACACAGAGAGAGGAGACACAGAGAGGAGACGCGGAGAGAGGAGACACAGAGAGGAGACGCGGAGAGAGGAGACACAGAGAGGAGACGCGGAGAGAGGAGACACAGAGAGGAGACGCCGAGAGAGAGAGAGCGCAGCCCUUUCCAUCAUUCCACAAGUGACUGCUUGGUCUUGUUUGUCACAAAAUAGCACGGAAGGACUAAAAAAACGCACGAGUAGAGGGGGAGAAUUGUGGUGGUGGGGGGGGGAAAGUACGACACGGACACUAAGCGGGGUCUUUUGGAGAGAGAAGCUGUUGCCCUUUGGGGAAAAACAUGACAGUAGUACCCAGAGAGAACCACGAUGAGACUGUGGCACUAACAGCCCUGUCCCAAGAUGUGUUCGAACCGGCGGACCAGCGGACGGAUCAGGAAUGCUGCGAGCGCGUUGUCAUCAACAUCUCCGGAUUGCUCUUUGAAACCCAGCUGAAAACACUCGCUCAGUUCCCCACCACUUUACUAGGGGAUCCGAGGAAGAGAAUGCGCUUCUUCGACCCUCUGAGGAACGAGUACUUCUUCGACAGGAACAGACCCAGUUUCGACGCUAUCCUCUACUAUUACCAGUCCGGCGGUCGCCUCAGGAGACCAGUCAACGUCCCUUUGGAUAUAUUUAUGGAGGAGAUCAAAUUUUACCAAUUGGGAGAAGAUGUGAUUGAGAAUUUUAAGGAGGAUGAGGGAUUUAUAAAAGAAGAAGAGAGACCGUUACCGGAAAAUGAGUUUCAACGACAGGUCUGGCUACUGUUUGAAUACCCGGAGAGUUCGGGACCAGCCAGAGGGAUUGCUAUCGUAUCUGUUCUGGUGAUUUUAAUUUCUAUUGUUAUCUUCUGUUUGGAAACGCUGCCUGAGUUUAGGGAUGAAAAAGAGAAAAAUUGGGACACUGAGCUGUCUUUGAAUGGAACUAACAACGCUAAGAAACCCAAUCCAUUCACAGAUCCUUUCUUUAUAGUGGAGACACUGUGUAUUAUCUGGUUCUCCUUCGAGCUGUUCGUCAGAUUCCUAGCUUGCCCUUCCAAGCCUGCUUUUUUCAAAAACAUGAUGAACACCAUCGAUAUUGUGGCCAUUAUGCCCUAUUUUAUCACCCUGGGGUUGGAGUUGGCGGAACACCAAGGAAACGGACAGCAAGCCAUGUCUCUGGCCAUCCUCAGGGUCAUCCGACUGGUCCGGGUGUUUAGGAUCUUCAAGUUGUCCAGACACUCCAAGGGGCUUCAGAUAUUAGGACAAACACUCAAAGCAAGUAUGAGAGAAUUGGGUCUGCUCAUUUUCUUCCUCUUCAUCGGAGUCAUCCUCUUCUCCAGCGCUGUCUAUUUCGCCGAAACCGACGAUCCAGACUCCGGUUUUAGUUCGAUCCCCGACGCGUUUUGGUGGGCUGUGGUCUCCAUGACUACAGUGGGCUACGGGGACAUGUGCCCGGUGACCAUAGGAGGCAAGAUCGUGGGCUCUCUGUGCGCCAUAGCCGGUGUGCUCACCAUCGCGUUACCGGUCCCCGUCAUCGUGUCCAACUUUAACUACUUCUAUCACCGGGAGACCGAGCACGAAGAACAGUUCCAAUAUACCCAUGUGACGUGUGGCCAGCAACGGCAACCGUCUCUCGGUGAAUUAAAAAACAGUGACAGCCAACCAUCUCUUUCCAAAUCGGAUUUCAUAGCCACGGAGGACGCUGACUCUAUUAAAUAUACCAACUGCAGCCCACACAAAGCGCCCUGCAGCCCACACAAAGCUUACACGGGGAAACUCACUAAUGUAUGAUUUGUAGAGAGCAAAACAGAAAAAAAAUACCCAGCAAUGGAAGAACAAAAACAGGCAAAAGCCGUGGAAGAUAUUCAGAGAAACCAUGCGUUUCUUUCUGUGAGUUGCAUACAUCCCCUAAUUCUGCGCUCUGGCUAGAGUAAGGUUUGGAUCGGUCUUAUUUCGGGGCGUCUAUUGUUAAUAAUAAUGCUGAAGGAAUUAUUGUUUUUAAAUAAUAGAUUAUCAUAACGCUGGAUGAAUAAAAAAAAAAAAAACGUGACUAGUGAUCUCACCUGAAAACAGUCUUCCAUUAUACGCACAGCUCUUCUUCGCUGUAGGUUGUAAACAGAAUUAUUAGGUUAUAUUUAGCCUUAUAAACAACACCCAUGAUCAACCAAUCCCCAUCUCCCAUUGUAGCACUUUAUUAAUGUUCUCUUAGUAAUGUCUCAUUUAUUCAGACUAAUUGCGUGUCGGGUUUUUUUUAAUUUUUUUUGUCUUCCGUUUUCUAAAAGUUUACAUAUUGAUUUGCCUGUUUGGUGUUGAAGAGGUAUAUAAUACGAUAGGACCAAUUUCUCUAAAAUGACUUGAAUGAAUCUUAUACCUACAGGGCAUUGAAAUUACUUAAUAACCCCCCCCCCAAGGUCACCCAGUGACUUUACCCACAACCCCCUUUAUUUAGUGACUUUACCCACAACCCCCUUUAUUUAUUUACACCAUAUCCACGUAAAGCGUUUUCCAUUAAGACCCGUUAGAGAGGGUUUACCGGGGCAGCGCUGCCCGGCAGCAGACCUUCUAUCCUCACUGUCGACUAUGAUGAGGAACAGGUCUAACAGAGGUCUGUCCAUCCGUGCAGAGAUGCCGUUGUCUUUGAUAGUGGUACCGCGGUAGUCUAACUGGUGUGGGUCCCUCUAGGAGCAACACGUCCACUCCAAUGAAGUAUCUGUCGCUAGAGAAUCACACCUUGACAAGCCAUUGAGUCUAGACAUUACCGCACAGCCCAAUUACCCUCUAAAAUGACCGCACGGCACUAUUCAAAAUGGAUGUAUAUAUAUAUAUGCUGUUCGUUAUUGAAAAUGGAUGUAUAUAUAUAUAUAUAUGCUGUUCGUUAUUGAUCCGUACCUAUAUAUAUAUAUAGCACAGCCCAAUUACAUUACCGCACAGCCCAAUUACCCUCUAAAAUGACCGCACGGCACUAUUCAAAAUGGAUGUAUAUAUAUA